ACAGCUUUAACUCGAGACCUGAUAUGCGGUGGGGAGAGUCAGGAGGAUGGCAGCUGGUGUGAUCUCGUGGACAAAGCUCUACAGCUAGCAGAGAAAAUUCUACCGGAAAUACAACAGCAUCCUGAUAAAAGUGUCAUGGAACAGAUGGAGACAGUCGCAGUUAACCUAUGGAAUUUCACUGUGUCCUUAAAGACUGGCAGAAGACUGUCUUUACUAUCCAAUGCCAAAUUGCGCCACAUUUGUCUGAAGAUUGUGGAGGCCACAGUAACAACCUCAGAGGACCACAUGAAAAUAAAAAGGAAGAUUGCUAUUGGGUUGAAAACAGCAAGAGCAUGGCUUGAUACUAAAGAAGUUGGGAUGGCUUCCAAAGUGUUAGACCUAACAGAUCAGUUUGUGAAGAAGCUACAGAAGUUGAUAGUGGAUGACAUCAAUAAGUCUGGGUCAUCUAUCACAACAGACAAACAGAAGAAGGAUGUGGAGAAAGACUUGUUCAAACUGCUCUGUUACAAGGCUGAAGUGAGUUUGGAACAAGGUGAUAACUCUACUGCCAUGGAGCUCAUACAAAUCGCUAAAGAAAUGUUGAUCAAAUACCCACACGAGGGGGCGUUCCUGUCCAUGCUGAGCUAUAAUUUUGGGGUGGAACUCUACCAAAAGAAGCGGUUUGAUGAAGCUGUGACAUGGUUAAGGGAAAGUUUUGAAAUUGGGAAAAACCAGACAAACUUGGAGGCAAAAAGUCAGGCCAGAACCCUGAGAUUGUUGGCGUGUGUUUACAUGGAGCUGAAUCAGGAAGACCACAUCCAGAAAGCUCUGAAUGCUGUCACUCUGGCCAAUAACGAACACCCUCAUCCUUCUGGUCUGUUUUUGUUCCUCCGCAUUUUGUUAAAAACCAAGGAACCAAACUCUGUCAUCUGCAAAGCUGUGUCAGACAUCAUGCAGCAGCCAGGGGCAUCACUGGAUGUAGGCAUCAACACAGCUCUGUUAUUGUCAAGAAAUGAAAGACAUGACCUUGCUGUUGGGUUAAUGAAGGAGCUUCUGAAGAAGUUUGAACAUACCUCCAACACAGGAGAGCUCCUAAUGACUAACUUUGAUAUUCUGUUGGCAAGCAAAGACAGGCGGUCUCUUAAAGAGUUUGUGGAGUACUGCAUUGAGGAAAACAACACUCACGGAGCCCUAGAGCCAGCAGUAAAGAGAAGGUUCCAUAUUGAGUUCUGGGCUCUGGCCUAUACAGCAGAUCAGGAGAAGAAUUACUCUGAGGCAUUGGACUGGUACAACUUUUCCCUGAGUCUGUACAAUCGGGAGGAAUCGGGGGACCAGAAUCUGGCUCGUCUCCAUAGAAACCGUGCAACCUGUUAUCUCAAUCUGGGUCAGAUGGACAAGGCGACGGAGGCAGUAAAUGAAGCCAAGAAGUGGGACCCUGCAUCCAUCAACACAAUGUUCCUGUUGUUCAAGCUCGCAUUAGCAGCAUCUAAUGUAGAACAAGCCAAAGAUAUCCUGCAGAAGAUGUGUAGUGAGGUGGUUAAGUUAGAAAACACAGACAAAGAAAUGGAGGCACAGAAACUUAUCUGUCAGGCUGCCUACAUGGCUUAUGAGAAUCACAAGGAAUCUACAGCAGGCCUGGCUUUGGAGUGUUUGGCCAACUGUAGCUUCGAUCUGACCCAGACAUUGACUGCUCUCAGGUGUCUCAUCCGACUCAAACUGUCCCAGGUCGACCAGGACAAGAACACCAGCAUUGAAGAUGUUGGAAUCUUACAUGACAUAAAAAUGGCAUACAACAAACUUAUGCGUGAAGAAGACAAGGGAGGUAAACUGUCCCCAAAACUCAGUGAGGAGGCCAGCUGGUUUAUGAGAGUAGCUUGGAACCUGGCCCUGAAAUGUGAAGAGAGACCAGGCUUGAUGAAAGAUUUAUAUAAACUCUGUUCUCAAUAUUCCAGUCUCUGUUGUGAUGAUGAGGAGAACACCUUAACAAGGAAGAAGACCUGCCUUCUGAUGGCUACAGCUGCCUGUCUACAACAAGCCAGGACUGACGGACUCCCAAACUCACUUAAGGAUAAUUAUUUGGAGGAAGCCGUUGACUUUAUUCAUGAAUGUAAAUCAGUCAAUCAGCAGAUCCAUCAGGAGAUGGACCUAAACUCCUCUAUAGAUGCUAGGACCCAGGAUAAAGCAGACACAUUAAUGAUGAUGUAUGAAUUCGAGGCACGCUGUAAACUACAGGAUCCGUCUGUAGAGGAAAUUAUUGAAGUUUUACUGAAAAUCCCUAAUCCCGAUCCUAAACCAUUUGAAACUAUAGCUGCUCUGUCAAUGGAACCACAAUCUAUUCACAAAAAUAUUGGAGUUCGAGCCCUGAAGAUAGCUAUAAGGAAACAUCUACAGAUGCCAACAGUGGACUUUGACAGAAUCAGUAAACUGUACCGAGGGUUGAUACAGCACACCCUGUCCUCUGUCUCAGACAACACCAAACAGGAAGCUCUGACUCAAUACAACGAAGUGGUAGACCUCAUUGACAAAAAAGCUCAGGUGGAUUACCCAGAGAUUGAAAUCCAGUGGUUGAUGACAAAAGCUUGGAAUUGUGGGGUGACAUUCCUAAGCUCUGGGAGAUAUGAGCUAGCAGAGAAGUGGUGUAACACUGGCAUGAAGUUUCUGAAGCACCUCAGUCUGGGAGUACAGCUUAACUACAAUGAAACGAUGACAAAUACAUAUGCUGACAUCUUGGAGCAGAUUGAUAAAUCCAGAACAAGACAGCUAAAUCCAGAACCAUAGAUUAUAGAACCAAGAUAAUCCAGUAUCACAGAUAAAAGACAAAUAAAUCCAGACGAAAAACUCCUAACCAAGCAGCUUGAGGAAUGAAAAAGAUCACAGACUGACAGACACUUGUACACCUUGUCACAAGAUCAAUGACAAAGACAUUGGAUUUUUUUGUUUUAUUCUUUAAUA